AUGCCCUUUGCAGCAACAACUAGCAACGUGUUCUCGAAUUUGCACGGCAAACGUUUUCUCUCGAACGGUUGCACCCUGGAAUUUGGCGUGGACGCACUGACAUCAACCGUAGAGAACAUCAAGCAUCCGUAUCAGAAUUGGUCUUGGCGGCAACAACGGGAAAGGCGAGAGUGUGACUUUGCAUUACCCAUAUCACACAUCGUGGCACUGGUCGGAGAUUCCACCUAUCUUCCCUGCGACAUAUCAACCACUCACGAGGGGGACUCCGUGCAUCUUGUGCUCUGGUAUCGCGAGGAUCUCGGUACAUCAGUUUACAGUAUCGACGCCAGGAACCGGGAGUUUGGUGUCGCUGAAAGAUGGUCGGACAACAGUGUAUUCUCGAAUCGCGCCUAUUUCAUGCUGGACAAGCAACCGGCGCAACUAGGUGUCGAAAAUACAAGAGAAGAGGACGCCGGUAUCUACAGGUGUCGCGUCGAUUUUCAAAUUGGCCAGACGAGAAACUCCAAAGUCAAUUUAACAGUUAUUGUACCACCGCGCAAGAUCACGAUCGUCGACGAGAACGAGAAACGACGGGACACGAUGGUCGGACCGUAUAUGGAAGGCGCUAACCUAAGGCUCUUCUGCGACGUCCAUGGCGGUAAACCGGCCCCAAUGGUGUCUUGGUAUCGCAACGACAGAUUCAUCACCAAUCGGACCACAACGCCGAGCAGCGGUGUGACACGCAGCGAGAUCGUUUUACAGAACUUAAGUCGGGACGACGUCCACUCGGUGCUGACCUGCAACGCCACGAAUAACAAUAGGUCGAUUCCGCUGUCGUCGUCAGUCCAUGUGGAUAUGCGUUUCAAUCCCUUGGAAGUGAAAAUAAUUGACGGAAAUCGACCGCUGUCAGCGGGCAAGAAGUACGACUUGGUCUGCACAACUUCCGGUUCCAGACCACCAGCUAGUGUCAUCUGGCGAAGGAACGGUCAACGCUUAGUGGAUUCCAAGGAGACCACUUCCGUCGAUGGGAACACGACCACCAGCGUUUUAUCUUUCAUGGCGACGAAAGCAGACGCAGGCAGACACUUGUCGUGUCAAGCUGAAAAUCGAAUCAUGGGAACCGCGCCGAUAGAGGACGGCUGGGUACUCCAGAUACAAUACACACCAGAAACGCAGAUCCAGCUCGGCACGUCGCUGAAUCCUAACACCAUACGCGAGGGCACGGACGUUUACUUCGACUGUCUCAUACAGGCGGAGCCAUCGGUAUACAAAGUAGAAUGGCGGCAUCAGGGCAAGGCACUCCAUCACAACAUCACGCAGGGUAUCAUAAUCAGUAACCAGAGCCUAGUACUGCAGGGAGUUGAUCGCAAAAGCGCUGGCAAUUACACGUGCGUGGGAUAUAAUACUGAGGGUGACGGCGAAAGUUCGCCCUUUUAUCUGAACGUGAUGUUUGCCCCUACGUGCAAGCCGAACCAGACGAAGGUCCAUGGUGUAGCAAAACAGGAGAAGGCGAAUAUAUCCUGCCAAGUGGAUGCAAAUCCGCCGGAAGUGCAAUUUAAGUGGACCUUCAAUAACUCCGCCGAGAGUAUCGACGUUGCGGCCGGCCAUAUCGCGCGAGCUGGCACAUCCUCUAUCGUCUCAUACACACCAAUGACGGAAUUAGAUUACGGCACGUUACUCUGCUGGGCCAGCAAUCACAUCGGGCAACAACAAGUGCCCUGUGUAUAUCACAUUAUACCGGCGGGCCGACCAGACAUGGUUCACAAUUGCACGACCUCGAACACGUCGACCAACUCGUUUUCCGUGCGGUGCACGGAGGGUUUCAACGGCGGCCUGCCGCAAUCCUUUCUGCUGGAGGUGCGCGAGAGCAACAGCCAGGAGUUGCGUGCCAAUCUGACGUCGCCGGUGCCGCGCUUCAGCGUCACUCACUUGGAGUCUGGCGCCCUUUAUCAGGCCUGCAUUUACGCUUACAACGACAAGGGUCGCAGCGAGGCAAUGGUUGUGCAGGCCGGCACUUUGAGGCUGCCGGAAAAACAACUGACGUCUGAGUCAGAACGACCCAGACAGCACGACAACCUGACACCGAUGCUGAGUGUGACGAUCGGCGUUGUGAUGGCCCUCAUUAUCGUCGCGGUUAUAGUGAUGGUCGUCUUACGGAUUCAGCACACGCACGUAGAGGAGCAGAACAAGUCGCAGAUGGAGGAUCACGCCAAGCAGACGAAGGCCGUUCCCAUACAAAGGGAACUACGAUUUCGAGAGGGAUGCAGUUUGCUUACAGACGAGAAGCAUCCUAGCAGCCCGUUCAGAAAGCUGGAAACCAGCGGUGAUCUCAGCGAAAGCGACGAGAAGAAUCCUGACAUUAUUCCACAGCAGAUUACUGGUGACGAGCCGUCGGAAUACUUAAGAAAGAGACGUCUGGUAUCAACGAUCGAGACGUCACCAUCAAGAAGUCUUCUGGAGCACUCAACUGUGACUUCCAUCAGCGGACACAGCAGUUACGUCGGAUAUUGCACGAUCCGCAACGGCAUGCCACUGCACGAGUUCUCCAAUUUGUCAACGAAGCACAAAAGCUUUCAGCCGAUGGUGGGCGACGUCUAUGAGAGUGGUAUGUGCACCCUGCCCAGGCAACAUUGGCCCAGCCAGAGCGUUCAAUCGAUGUCGAUGACAAUGAGUCCUCCGAUAUUGUACGCCGGCCUCGGCGUCGUCACCAGGACCUGUCCAAGCGGCACGCUGCCGACGAAGGACUGUGAGACACGAGUGCCCGGCCAGUGUUGUCCAACAGUCCAGACGCAGAAGGAUACUACGAUAAGCACGCCGGUGGUGAUGGCCAAGAGGGAGAGUUCUGUGUGACCCUACACCCACCACGGGGCCUGCACCUGCAGCGUGAGCGAGUUGCUGUGAAUCACGCUAUUGUCAAUCGCGAGAUAGCCGCGGAUCCUGGAUGACACGAGCGUCCAGGAAACGUUUGGGAGAUGUCUACAGGUCACGCGAAAAUUAGAACGUCUUUUAGGGAACAAAACUUCAAUUUAAAUUCCGAAAGACGUUUGGACAAUCGUUAUUUACACCUGAAAAUUAAGAUGUCUCCUUUGAACGAUUUGUAGGGGGAUGAUUCCUUUUACCAAACUGGAAUGUCCCUCCAACGUCGCUUGUGUCGUUCGGAACGCUUUGGGCGUGCGAGCCGGUUUGAGUUCGACGAAUUUAUGUUUUCACUCCAUGAUAAACGUCACGAUUUGCGUCUCUUUGUUGAAUCAAGUGCCCUUUUUACACUGAAAAACGACGAACAUCCAGACCGGCUGAUCUGCCGGCUUCUCUCAUCUCGUGUGCGUAGCCUCGUGAUCGAGCCCCGGUGGAAUUAAGACGGGCACCUCAUAUAGUAGAGAGUGAGUUUAUGAAAAUGUGCGUGUACGCGAGCUCACUAGCUUGCCAUACUUCUGUACAUACCUCGAGACACGGAAGAUAUUUUGUACGAGUCGCGUAUAUUAACGAUUUAUUCCCACUUUUACUAUGAACACAACACUGUACAAUUUGUCUAGUCGAUGUAAGUAUAAAUAUGUAUAUGCGUUAAAGUCGUCGGGAAGGCGUCAGACCAGAAUAACGUACACUGAGGGGGAUGAUCAUCACCGUCGCGUCACGCCGCACGCACGGCAUAAUUAUUUAUAACGUUGACAAUGCGUAAACGCGAAAUAGCGGGACUCUCGCGGGUACGGGAGAGAGAACGGGCGGCGAAGUUGUCAGAGACAUAUCGUUUGUAUCUCCAUCCGCGGGAAUCGAGUACGAAGAGCGGCGGAGUAAUGAGACGAAAGACGAAGAAAGAGGAAAAAAUGAUGAAGAAAAAAAAAAGAAAAGAAUCCCCAUCGCGCUUUCGUCUCAGUCUGCAGGAUUCUGGAUUUCACCGUAAUAUUAAGUAUCUCUUGUACAAUGUAUAAAAUAACGACUUCCUUCGAAGUAAAUGUACCGAGUAUGAUGAACGUUGUUUUUUCAAAGUCUUGAAUCUUAUUCUAUAUAGAGAGAUGGCCCCCAAUUAAAAAAAAGUGUGGUACAGUAAUCGCGAUAGCACUUCUAACUUACUGCCUGUUUCGACGCUUGUGAAUCUCGUUGGUAAUUUCAUUUGGCAGAGGUUUUCUGACCUCUCUGUAUUAUAUAGCUUUAAAAUGGAAAAAAAGAAGAGAAGGUUCGUCGAAGGGCGCCUCGUCAUAUCCUCCGUACGAUACAGGGAUAUCAUCGUUGAUUAGAACGGCCCAAGUCGCGAAAAGAAUAAGAUGAAAAUUGACCAUAUAGCCUUUCCCUUGAUAUCGAGCAGUUGAUUAUUGGGCGGUACAUUUCAGCUAUAUUAUUACGUGAGACGCGCGUUAGAAGUCUCUCCUUUUCGCGCGAAGUGAUAACACCCCGUAUUUUGCUUUAAUCUGUACAUAUUGAUUUUGCGCGUAAAAGAUUUAUGCUCCGAGCACGCGACGAUCCUGCUGCGACUGCAAGGACUCACGUGAGAGUCAGAAUGCCCUUCAUACAGCGUGAGAAGAAGAGAAAGAUAUCUUUCGAUGUUCACAUAUUAUAUCUAAAUAAGAUUGUCGUGUAUCUAAUCGUUCUAGAAUUCGAUAACGUAAUCGUAAUUAAUCCGAUGAAAUAAUUGUAAAUUUGUUCUGACGUUACAGCGCGUUUUACGCUCUCUCUCUCUCUCUCUCUCUCUCUCUGGAACAGCAAUAUCGAUCUAGUUUAGAACAGGAAUGCGAGACAGAGCUCCUUCAAACGCUUUCGAGAGUGCGAAAGUUAACUUUUUUCGUUGGGGAGUUACAUUGUUCCUUUUAUAUUUUAAUUAUUAAGCAUUAAAUAAUUUUCCGUCUCUCUAUAAGCGAGUUUUAUCUUCGAACGGAGUCACGAUUUCUGUCUCUUUUGACGCGGCAAUGUCACCAAGAGCCAAAAGUUUCGUUGAAGCAGCACAGUAUUUGUCUACCAGAUCGGAACUUCGCGCAAAUUGACUAUAAAGGGAAUGUAGGUUGUGACUGUUUGCAGUCGCAUCGUCGUUGCAGUCUGUUAUACGUGCUUGCAAAUGAAUAUGCAGAGGAAACGGUCCUCACACACGGACGAAGCAUCCGCGUUUCCGUUCGCUGUGGGAAACGACAGGUGAUUAUCGGGGAUACUUAGUAAAUUAUUUGAUGUGUAAGAAACGUAGAAAACGGCAAAGUCGAAGACUUUAUGAGCCGUAAAAAGCUAUCACGAGAAUUUCUAGGGCGAACACGUUAUUUUCUCGAUCGCUUAGAUAUUACGUUAACGCGUCGCUCCCGUGAAGAUCUAUUAACAUUUUUAAAAAAUGAGAUGAAUCGUUGAUUAUUAUUAUUACUGCCAUUAAUGGAAUUGAUGUCGGAACAUUGUGAGUGUAUGUUGUCAAAGAGAAUUUUUAGUAAUCGUUGAUACGCAACUGAUACGCGCGUUCCUCCACUUCCUCCCCCUCCCCUUGUUAUAACUUUUGCACAUACAUAGAGAGUGUAGCCGUAUACAAUAUAAAAGAACGUUGUAACAAAGAGAUUUUGCGAUCCAACGACGGGAAAAUGUCACAGGAACAAAAAAACGUACAAUAAAACCUGGAUCCAAACUGCCAAAGUUUUCUAUACGUUCGUACAUAUAUGAUAUCACUAUAUAUGCGCACUAUAAUGAGAAAAGGUGUGAACUUUUUAAUAAAUAAUAAUAGAUUUUUUUUCUAACGGAAGACACGAUUGUCUGAGAAAAUAU